GGGGUGGGGUAGUAGUGUGAUGCUUAAACACAUAUAAAGUAGUAGAAGAGCGCGAGUGAGGUCUCACUCUCCUCAGAUACACACAGAGCCAUCCCAUUUCCAAUGGAGCCAGACGCUGCAACUUCGACGUCUCGCCGUCCUCAGCUUUCAUGGGUCAAUCUCUCCAGAAAUCUGUUACUUGCAUAUCAGAGCCUUGGUGUGGUUUAUGGGGACCUCAGUACUUCUCCUCUCUAUGUUUAUACUAGCACAUUUCUAGGGAAGUUGCAGAACCAUAACAAUGAGGAAGUGAUAUUUGGUGCAUUUUCCUUAAUUUUCUGGACGCUUACACUGCUACCCUUGCUGAAGUAUGUCUUUAUCCUAUUGAGUGCAGACGAUAAUGGUGAAGGUGGGACAUUUGCUCUUUACUCAUUGCUUUGCCGCCAUGCAAAGUUUAGUUUACUUCCCAACCAACAAGCAGCUGAUGAGGAACUCUCAGCCUACAAAUAUGGUCCCUCGUCACAGGUUGUAGCUUCUACCCCUUUGAAGAGAUUUCUGGAAAAGCAUAAAAGGUUACGAACAGCCCUACUGGUUGUGGUAUUGUUAGGUGCUUCCAUGGUCAUAGGAGAUGGCGUGCUCACUCCAGCAAUUUCAGUUUUGUCAUCAGUAUCAGGGUUACAAGUUACAGCGGAGAAAUUAACAGAUGCUGAACUCCUCUUGCUUGCCUGUGUGAUUUUGGUUGGACUGUUUGCUCUGCAGCAUUGCGGUACCCACAGGGUAGCAUUUCUGUUUGCACCAAUUGUAAUAAUCUGGUUGGUAUCGAUAUUUUCCAUUGGGUUGUACAAUACAAUACAUUGGAACCCAGCCAUUAUUCGUGCAUUAUCGCCCCAUUACAUAAUCAAGUUUUUCAGUGCGACUGGUAAAGAUGGUUGGAUUUCUCUUGGUGGGAUUCUUCUUUCCAUAACAGGUACUGAAGCUAUGUUUGCAGAUCUUGGUCAUUUCACUGCCUUAUCGAUAAGAAUUGCAUUUGCAUUCUUUGUCUAUCCUUGUUUGGUAGUACAAUACAUGGGUCAAGCUGCUUUUCUAUCUAAACAUCCCAACUCCAUUCGUUACAGUUUCUAUGACUCAAUACCUGGUCCAGUAUUUUGGCCCAUCUUUGUUGUUGCCACACUUGCAUCCAUUGUUGGGAGCCAGGCUGUCAUAACUGCCACCUUUUCCAUCAUCAAGCAAUGUCAUGCCCUUGGUUGCUUCCCUCGAGUCAAAGUUGUCCACACCUCAAAACAUAUAUACGGGCAGAUCUAUAUUCCAGAAAUAAAUUGGAUACUCAUGAUUCUUACGCUAGCCAUAACUAUUGGAUUUCAAGACACGACUUUAAUCGGAAAUGCUUAUGGGCUUGCUUGCAUGAUGGUUAUGUUUGUCACAACAUUCCUUAUGGCACUUGUAAUAAUCUUUGUUUGGCAGAAAAGUGUGGUUGUGGCUGCACUUUUCCUGGUCUUCUUCUGGUUCAUUGAGGGAGUCUACUUAUCAGCAGCACUCAUGAAAGUUCCCCAGGGAGGAUGGGUUCCUUUUGUGCUGUCAUUCAUAUUCAUGAUUGUCAUGUAUAUCUGGCACUAUGGUACACGGAGGAAGUAUAACUAUGAUCUGCACAACAAAGUUUCCUUAAAAUGGUUACUUGGCCUUGGCCCCAGCCUUGGUAUAGUCCGCGUGCCUGGGAUAGGCCUCAUAUACUCAGAGUUGGCAACAGGAGUUCCCGCAAUAUUUUCUCACUUUGUAACAAAUCUUCCUGCCUUCCACAACGUCUUGGUUUUUGUUUGUGUAAAAUCAGUUCCAGUUCCAAGUGUUUCACCUGAAGAGCGAUUCCUCAUUGGCCGGAUAUGUCCAAGACCUUAUCGUAUGUAUAGGUGCAUCGUGAGGUACGGGUACAAGGACAUUCAGCGGGAUGACGGGGACUUUGAGAACCAGCUCAUACAAAGUAUAGCAGAGUUCAUCCAGAUGGAAGCCGUGGAACCACAAUUGUCAAGCUCUGAGAGCUCAUCAUUGGAUGGAAGAAUGGCUGUUAUAAGCACCAGAACAGUGCAAUCAAGUUCAAGCUUAAUAGCUACUGAGCAAGAGGAUUUUGGUGUGAGCGACUCCAUCCAAAGCAGCAAAUCUUUAACCCUCCGGAGUCUGGGGCCAGUUUAUGAUGAUGAGAAUCCCCAAAUAAGGAGACGCCAAGUCAGGUUUCAGUUACCCUCAAACCCUGGUAUGGAUCAUGCAGUAAGGGAAGAGCUUAUGGAUUUGAUCCAGGCCAAGGAAGCAGGGGUUGCUUAUAUAAUGGGGCAUUCCUAUGUGAAGGCGAGGAGGUCAUCUUCGUAUUUUAAGAAACUAGUGAUCGAUAUAGGGUAUUCUUUUCUUAGGAAGAACUGCAGGGGUCCAUCUGUGGCACUGAAUAUUCCUCACAUCAGUCUUAUUGAAGUUGGCAUGAUAUACUAUGUCUAAAUGAAUUGAUUUGUUAGUUACAGAUAAAUCCUCUUUCCUAGUGAGCUGUCUCGUAGAGUAAGCUCUUGGGGCAACUUAUGCUUAGGGAAGGCAGAGGGGUAGGAGUAUCUAGUUGCAUCUGAUUUCAGUUGGAUGGUUCUUUGCCCCUGCUUUUUGUUCCGACUUGUAUAGAUAAAUAACAUCAAAAUCUAUCAGGAUUUUUAGUUCUAUUU